AUGCUGGAUCACAAAAGACAAUAAACACCAUUGACUGCUUUAUAGACAGUCACUCAAACACAGAACCAGGAAACAUGAAUCACAUGACUUCAGAGAAACUGAAACUGAAGUGUAGUUGAGCUGUUGUGUGUUUGUGUCUCUGUGUUCAUGCUGUAAAAUGGCAGAAGCCAGAAUAUCUCAGGAGGAGUUCAUGUGUUCAGUGUGUCUGGAUCUCCUGAAGGAUCCAGUGGCCAUUCCCUGUGGACACAGUUACUGUAAGAUCUGUAUUACAGGCUGCUGGGAUCAGGAGGAUGAGAUGAGAGUCUACAGCUGUCCUCAGUGCAGACAGACCUUCAGUCCAAGACCUGCUUUAGCUAAAAACACCAUUCUGGCUGAAAUAGUGGAGAAACUGAAGAGGACUAAACUUCCUACUGACUGUUACGCUGGAGCUGGAGAUGUGCAGUGUGACGUCUGUACUGGAAGAAAACACAAAGCCGUCAAGUCCUGUCUGGUGUGUCUGAACUCUUACUGUCAGAAUCACCUUGAACAACAUGAGAGUUUCUUUAAAGGAAAGAGACACAAUCUGACUGAAGCCACUGGACGACUGCAGGAGAUGAUCUGCCCGAAACACGACAAGAUCCUUGAGCUUUUCUGCCGCACUGAUCAGGAGUGUAUAUGUGUGCUGUGUAUGGAUGAACAUAAAAACCACGACACUGUAUCAGCUGCAGCACAGAGGACAGAGAAACAGCACCAGCUGAAGGAGACGCAGAGGUUGUUCCAGCAGAGGAUCCAGCAGAGAGAGAAAGAUCUUCAGCAGCUGAGAGAGGCUGUGGAGUCUCAUAAGCGCUCUGCACAGACAGCAGUGGAGGACAGUGAGAGGAUCUUCACUGAGCUCAUCCGCUCCAUUGAGAGAAGCCGCUCUGAGGCCACACAGCGGAUCAGAGAUCAGGAAAAGACUGCAGUGAGUCGAGCUGAAGGACGACUGGAGCGACUGGAGCAGGAGAUCAAUGAUCUGAGGAGGAGAGACGCUGAGCUGGAGCAGCUUUCACACACACAGGAUCACAUCCAUUUCCUGCAGCACCAGCUGAAGGAGACGCAGAGGUGGUUCCAGCAGAGGAUCCAGCAGAGAGAGAAAGAUCUUCAGCAGCUGAGAGAGGCUGUGGAGUCUCAUAAGCGCUCUGCACAGACAGCAGUGGAGGACAGUGAGAGGAUCUUCACUGAGCUCAUCCGCUCCAUUGAGAGAAGCCGCUCUGAGGCCACACAGCGGAUCAGAGAUCAGGAAAAGACUGCAGUGAGUCGAGCUGAAGGACGACUGGAGCGACUGGAGCAGGAGAUCAAUGAUCUGAGGAGGAGAGACGCUGAGCUGGAGCAGCUUUCACACACACAGGAUCACAUCCAUUUCCUGCAGAGUUUCCAGUCUCUCUCAGCUCCUCCUGAAUCUACAGACGUAAAUGACGAUCUCUUCAUUUCUCUUCCCUCUUUUGAUGUUGUGAGAGAAUCUGUCCUUCAGCUGAGAGACAAACUGGAGGAUUUCUGCAAAGAGGAGCUGAAGAAGAUCUCUGACAGAGUCACUUUCACCAACAUUGUUCCCAGAACCAGGAACGACUUCCUACAAUAUUCCCAUCAGCUCAAUCUGGAUCUGAACACAGUGAAUAAACACCUCCGUCUGUCUGAGAGGAACAGAGUGAUUACUGGCACUGGCAUUUUCACAGUCCAGCCGUAUCCUGAUCAUCCAGACAGAUUUGAUGUGUAUCCUCAGGUGUUGUGUAGAGAGAGUGUGUGUGGAUGCUGUUACUGGGAGAUUGAGUGGAGUGGGAAUAAUGUGCGUAUAUCAGUGUCAUAUAAGAGCAUCAGCAGGAAGGGAGGGGUAGAGUGUGGGUUUGGACAUAAUGAUCAGUCCUGGAGUUUGUUCUGCUCUUCCUCCAGUUACUCAUUCAGACACAAUAAGAUAGAGACUGAACUCCCAGUAAAGUCCAUCAGCAGUAGAAUAGGAGUGUAUGUGGAUCACAGUGCAGGAACUCUGUCCUUCUACAGCAUCUCUGGAGACACAAUGAGCCUCAUCCACACAGUCCAGACCACAUUCACUCAACCGCUCUAUCCUGGGUUUUGGGUUGGUAUUAAAUCAACAGUGAAACUGUGUUGAUGAAUCAGAAUAGACUGUAGAGAGACUCUACCCAUAAUGCUUUGAGCUCAUGAUGAAUCAGUAACAGUGAGAUGUUAUAGAGUCUCUUAUUUUCUCUUCAUUACAUUAAUACUACAGCUGAACUUCUGUCAGUGAAAUAACAUGAAGAAUAAAUGUGUGUAAUGAAUCCUCAGAUAGACAGUGAGAUCAGUGUGUGGGUGGGUGGGUGUGUGUGUGUGUUUCUCAAGUUUCUCUAUUUGUGUUGAUGGAAAUCAGUAAUUCAGUUCUUAUUGUAGUGUCACAUUAAUCACUUUUAUUAUUACAAUUAAAAUGACCGUUUAAUUGAAAUGAUCACACACAGGAUUCAUUAAAAUGUUAUUAAAAUAUAAAAAAAUGUAAUUUGUUGUAAAAUUGAUAAAUGUCAAUUUAUUAAUGAAUGUACAAUAUAUUAAAAGGUGUGUAUUUUCAACCCAUCUUCUUGUAUUCUAUAAUAAAUUGAAAAUCAUAUUUUGUUCUAUUCAUGUUCCUGGUAAUGUCUGUAUUUGGGAUCUGGGAAGCGACUGAGAGUCUGACUCGUGUCAGGAAUACAGUAACUGUGUUUUGUACUUAAUUAAUUUGCUCAAACAACUAAAUUCAUCAUAACUGUGUAAGAUAUGUAAAGAAAACUGUCUAAGUAGGAUAUUCUGCUGUUAAAACAUUUAUUUACUCUUCUAGCUUCCCAUGACAGCCGAAGGUCACUGGGGUCACUCAGACCUGAAUCCUACAUGACCACAUGAUCACAGUUAAAGCAUUUACUUUACACUUCAUCUUCAGUGACUAGAGAAUAAUGAAGAAUAUCGUCUGAACCUCUUUGUAAUGAUGAUUCAACAGAGUGAGGAUCCAUUUGCAGUUUAUUGAAGUAGGAAACACAAUAAUGGAAAGGACGAGGCAGAAGCGGGAACAGGGACAGGCAAGGAUCAGGGCAGGAAUCAAAC